AUGCCGUUCGACUUCGCCGAGGACUUCCUCGGCCCAGCGGCGGCCCGCGCCGCGGUCGCUGCCCCGGAGGCGAACUCCGUCCAGGGCAUCGGCGGCGGCCAGCCAGGGGCGGCGGAGGCCUUGUACAGGUCGUGGCGCUGGUUCGUGGGCGUCAUGGCGGCCUCUUCGCCCAAGUUCGCCGAGCUGCACGGAGACGAGCUCCUCUCGGGCCGGACGAAUCGCGGGGAUGGCAAAUGGGCGUACAGUCGGCCCGGAUGA